AUCGCGAUGAGCUCCCAGCGCGGCAACCUGAAGAAGGGCGCGCCGAAAUACCAGAACUCAUUCGCGUUCAAGCACAACCCCAAGUCGAAGAAGACUGAGCACAUCUUGGGCUUGCCCAUACACGGUCUCUGCCCGCAUUGCCACGCGCAGAUUGUGUGGCGAAAGAAGUAUCGCAAAUACAAGCCCUUAACCCAGCCCGCGUCCUGCACGUCGUGCCACCAAAAGACCAUCAUCUCAGCUUAUCACGUCCUGUGUGAUCCUUGCGCCAAGGAAAAAGGCGUGUGCGCGAAGUGCUGCAAAUCGGAGGAAUUGGUUCUCAGUGAACAACAACUCGCCGAGCAAAAGGACGAAGAGCAAAAGGAUUUCUCCGAGCAGUUGGAAGGUCUGAAGGAACGCGAACGCCGAAAGGUGUUACGUCAAAAGAAGAAGGAAGAGGAAGAAGCCUAUGCUCGUGCACGCGCUGAGAGACGAGCUCGACUCGGACUCGACCAGGACAACGACUUUGAUGACGAAGACCUCUACGACAUGGACUUGUCGGACUAAACUCAUUUAUUGGGUUAAUUCAUUAUCGAUUCCACAAAGCACA